AUGCUAAGAAUUCUUCUUCUUUUUUGUUACUAUGUGCACAAGAACUUCAAGAAGUCUUGUAGGCGCUGCGCAACUACACAACGCAUACUUUAAAAAUAAAAAUAAAAAUUGAUGAUAUUCCCUCUUACCUUUUGGUAAUUUCCCCAAAAUGCAAAACCCCACUAGAGCCUUGGCUCUCCAGCUACUGUGACUGUUGUUCCCAAAACCCUAACUCUUACCAUUUCUCUGCUGUGUGCUCCAAUGGCCUCUCGCUGCAGAUCUUUUUCAAAGCCGGCUUUCUCUUUUCUCAAAUCCAGGGUGAACAAGCCGACGGUCAAACCCAGACCUAUGUCUUCUCUCCCCACAACCCGCCCUUCCCUCACACUCUCAAGGCCAACUCCUCAGUUGGGUUCUCUGCAAUCUUUACUUCCAUUUCACUCGGCGGUCUCUUCAGCUCGGCUCACGUCGUGCCUCGGCAUUGACUCGAGGAGCUCGAGGUCGUUGUCUCAGGAGCUGGGUCUCAGCGUGCCUCGAUAAGAGAUUGAAGUUGGAAGAUGGAAGCUAAAUGGAUCAGUCUCAUCACCUCUGUUAUCAACAUGUCCUUUUCAUCAUCUAAUGGAGUUAAUUUUAACAGUUCUGUAUGCCGAGGAUACAGCUGCAAGAAUUGAAUUCUCUGUCUCGUUGCUAUAAUUGUUGAAAUUCUCCUUCAAAUUUCUUUUACCUUCCCUUCGAUUUUUCCUAUACUCUAUAUUAGCAUCAAUGUACUACAUUGCUGUUCCUUUUAGUGGAAAAAAGAAUAAUGAUCUUUCUGUUUUUGCUAGAUAUCAAAGAGUAAUAAUAGUUGGCGUGUGUUCGAAGUUGCAGUUUAAA